AUGGCCCCGAUGUCACGACACUCUCUGCCCAUGCGCUCAUCACGAUCAUCACAGUCGAAGCCAACCCCCAAAGCAACACGAAAUACCGUGAACUCCCCGGAGGGUCCUCCUUUGAAGAAGCGCAAGUACGUGCCUGGGGGACCGGGAGGUGGUGGACGAUUUGUCGACCGGGAGGCCGCGCGCCAACAACAGCUCCUGCCGGAGGCAUCGUCAAACAAGAAGUCGAAUACCUCCCGUCGUCAUUCAACCAGUUCAAGAACGCGCCCCGCCCGUGACAUCGAACCACCGAUCCUCGCUCCGCCUCCGCCACCACCCCCUGUGCCCAUCAGGCCUCCCUCCGUCCGUCCGCGCAGAAAUAAGAGCUCAACACGAGGUCGAUACACCUCGUCCACCGCCGCAGCCCUGGCGCUACAGCAAGGAGAUGGAUACAAACCGCGUGAGGAGCGGGGAUGGGAGGAGUUCCACCCGGACUUGGACAUCGACAGCAAGCUUGCAGUCUUUACAGCCGCCGAGGUAGACCAGGCGGACCCUGCAGUCAACACGCUGACGCUUGAGUCUAUUGCUGGGGCCAAGGUACAGGAGAAUUCGGGCACGCCUAUGAUUCACUCAGCCGAGUUGCCGUCCCCGAUCCCCUUCAAGCGCAGACCAGGCCGUCCUCCACGCCGCCCAGAAGCCAUCCUUAAUGCCUUGAUAGCGCAGCAACAGACACCCAAGGUGGUCCCGCCGCCAGGUCCAAACCCUCGAGAGAAGUUGACCUUGCCGAAACCGUCCUUUCGACUCAAGGACCCAUUUACCUUCUAUGAGAAGAAGGGCGUUGGCCAGCAAAACUAUGUUGAUCGGACCAUGGCAAGUGUGGGAUACCAGGAGAGCGAUCUGUUCAUUCGUCACGAUAGACGGUUCAUUCGCAUGGCGGAGGGCGCACAAGAGGACGAUAUGGACAUCAUUCAGCCGGCCGUGAUAGAUGGUGACGCGAAUGCAGUGAUCGGACGCGUGGAAUAUGACAUGGACGAGCAAGAUGAGAAGUGGCUAGAAGACUUGAAUGCGCAACGUCGAGCAGACCAACUGGAGCCUAUCAAGCCUGCCAUAUUCGAGAUCACCAUGACCAAGAUCGAAAAGGAAUGGCACGCCCUCGAGAAGCGAAUUCCGAAGCCCAACCCCAAACCACCACAAACGCAGCGCCUGCGUUCGAGCUCGGCGGCUGCAGUGAAUGGGGAAACAGCCGGGCCUGGGGAGGAACAGGAUAGCAAGUGCGCCAUUUGUGACGACGGUGACUGCGAAAAUUCAAAUGCGAUUGUUUUCUGCGACGGCUGUGAUUUGGCUGUCCACCAGGAGUGUUACGGCGUGCCCUUUAUUCCCGAGGGUCAGUGGCUUUGUCGAAAGUGUCAGCUGCUGGGUCGGGGAACCACAAAUUGUAUCUUCUGUCCCAAUACGGAGGGUGCGUUCAAGCAGACUACCUCGUCAAAAUGGGCGCAUCUGCUUUGUUCCAUCUGGAUUCCCGAGGUCUCGAUUGGCAAUUCUUCUUUGAUGGAACCAGUCACGGAUGUUGAAAAAGUCCCACGCAGUCGCUGGAAAUUGUUGUGCUAUAUCUGCAAGCAGAAGAUGGGGGCAUCUAUACAAUGCAGCAACAAAAACUGUUUCGUGGCGUUCCAUGUCUCAUGCGCUCGACGAGCUCAGCUCUUUUUGAAAAUGAAAGCUGGACAUGGGCUCAUGGACUCGCAUCUUCUCAAGGCAUUCUGUGACAAGCAUGUGCCUCCCGAUUGGCGGGUGGAGCAUGGCACUGAUGCGGCCACUGCGGACGCAAUAGAGUAUUAUCGCAACACCAUGUCGGGUCGACGGUGGGGUGACAGCCAAGCGGCGGCCUUAUCAUUAGGCCCUUCACAUGCGGAGGACGCUGAUGAAGAUCGCAGGCACACCCCUCGUCUAACUUUGACUGUAGGAGGUAACAAACGCAAACGCGUGCCCAAGACGGUUUGGAAGCUUCCUUCUGGUGCACCUGUCAUCCCUCAUGUCGUACUUGACUCGGUCAUUGCCUCCCUUGGCCGAUUCACGGUCCGUGGUCGCAAGACCUAUGCGGAAGAGGCUUGCAAAUACUGGACUUUGAAAAGAGAGGCAAGACGUGGAGCUGCGCUGUUGAAGCGGCUGCAGCUGCAGCUUGAAACCUUCUCUUCAAUGGAGAUGACACGCCGAGACUACGUUGCCAUGGGUGUCACUGGUCAUAAGCGCUUGCAUCGGCGUAUUGAGUUUGGUGAGAUGCUCUACAAGGACCUUGAGCAGCUACGCAAUCUUUGCGCUCUCGUGAAACAGCGGGAGUACGAGAAGCUUCAAGACGCCUAUCGUCUUCGGGAUAUGGUUGACACGGUGUACUUUCCCAUUUUCCCACUCCUCUGGCCUAUCUUCGAAAAGGCUCAAACUCUUGACAGCAAAGGCACAUUUGCCGCGGGCAUGCUUUCCAUCCGAAGGCGACUCGAAUUACGAUUCUACCCAUCUGUCGCCUCUUUUUCUGCAGAUCUGGCAAGUCUUUUUACCUCUGAAAUCGGUGUUGCGCCAGCGGGCGAUACUGCGGCCUUACAGGAACAGAUCAGCGGACGUGCACCUGAGCUUAGUCUGGAACAACGCGAAAAGCGAAAGCUAGCCAAGCGGAUCAUCAAAUCGAUUCAACCAGCGCUGGAGGAUGCACUUCGAAAGGAAAGUGAAUUGAACCGAAAGCCUUUUGAAAAGGAGCUCAAGGAACUUGAUGUCAUUCUGGACCACAGUGUCAUGUCUCGACGCGACUCUUUGGAACCCGAAUGUGACGGGGAAAUCGAAGCCGGUGAUUAUGAGCCUAAAAUCGAGCCCAUGGAGGGCGUCGAAUCCACAGCGCCUCCUGCUGCCCAAGUCACAAGCGAGCCACAGCCAGCCGAACACGACUUUGCCAUUGCACCGGAGUCUGCCCCAGAUGACUCUAUGCUUCACGGGAGUGUUCCUCCCAAUGAAACCAAGCCCGUGAUCAACACCGUCACUUACCGUCGCCACCCAACACCUGUUCUGACUGAGGAAGAUCAGCAACUUCCACUAGCGCAGGGCGGAAUUCCGUGGUACAUGCAGCCAUUUGACCCCGACGGCACCACAAUCUAUGAGGAGCGGUGGACCGGACGAGACGUUAUGCGGGGCAUGAGCGAGGAGCUCAGCGAACUAGACGAAGAUGAGUUGAAAGAUCUGGUAGAAGAAGAAGGCCAUCCGGCUUCGAAUGAUGCACCUGUUCAGGCCGAUCAACUUCGAAACGAGGUUCGUCGAACCCGUCGCGGACGGUAUCGGUGA